AUGUUCGUCAAUUAUGACAUUUGGCUGAACAAGGGGCAAGGGCGCGGGACCGAAAUGACCAAAACUAUGCACAUCAUUUUUUCGUGCUUGCUGCAUCGUUCUGCUUUUCAAGCGCGGCAAGGUGGUAGGGUGGAAUUUGCAGUCCACAAUACUGGCCAACAAAUGUCUGGAGUGGCUCUGAAUAAUUGUUGCAACACAUCACGUCAGUGCAAAAAGGCAUUGGCUGAUGCCAUUGCCUCGUCACCAGAUGUUUCCACCUUUCACUCUCAGAUUUCGGCAUGCAAGAGUGCAAUGCUUCAGUCUGUCUCGUUUACUCCUGAUUCUAACACAAAAAGUGGCACAAAUGGCUCUGGCAUAGACAAAGGCGCAGCUAGAGCGACAGUAUCGUCAGGCUCCUUUGUGGAAGACCUCAAGCAAUGCAAUGGCCCUUCAUGUGGACGAUACGUUUCCGCGGAUGAAAUUAAGUAUUGCCCUUGCAGAAAGGUAUCGUACUGUUCCCCAGCCUGUCAACGAGGUAAGAAUGAAGAGUUUUGUCUCAAAGAUGUUUCUUCAGUUUCUAUUUUGCUAAAUAUCUGGAUUUCAAGCACACUGGAAAGUACAUAA